UAGAGUUGCACUGGAGGACCUAGAUAUUCCUAGAGAGACUACUCCACUAGGCCUUUGUAGCUCCUCCAGCGCAGCUCUAUGGUCGAUGUUUGUUGAUUGUUGACCGUAGAGUUGCACUGGAGGACCUAGAGAUAUUCCAUAUUAAGCAAACCCAUGAAUAAUGAAAGCCGCAAAUAUCAAAGCCACACAUAUGGAGGGAUGUGUGUAUAUGGUACUUCUGCCGUGUGUUUUGGGCCUGAGUGGCAAAGGGCAGCUGAAGCCAUUUGGGAUGAAAGGAGGCUAGAGAUGCUCUGAGGCCUCUGACAUCAGACCCAGCCGAUGACCAGGGACUUGCAUCACAAACUGGGCAGCUUUGCUGGCUGCCUCCUCCAUUUCCUUGGUCAGGGAGGCCAAGAUCCCAAGUGCCUCCCAACACCAUUCACAGCCCUCUAAUCCAGAUUCGCCCUCGAUCCGAUAUUGUAAGAGCAAACUCCGUUUAGGAGUAAACCAACAAAGGGGUGUUGGAUAUGGACGAGUCCAGUAGUUCUUACACGACAACUUCAGACUCAGAGGCCAUGUCCUUCUCUUGCUUCUUCAACCCUCUUCAUGGCUGUUUAUUGCAUGCCAAUGGCCAUGGAGAAGUGUGGACAGAUUGGAACAGCUCCUCCAAGUUCUUCCAGUAUGGAUGGAGGUGCACCACCAAUGAGGACAUGUACGCCAACAAAACCCUCCUGGGGAACUGGAACGAGGACCGUUACGACAUUCGGAGAGUGCUACAGCCAAAACCUCUCCCUUCUCAGUAUGCUCACUGCUUCGAGUCCACCUACUCCAAGGACUAUUCCAAGGAAAUGCCUCACAGUACAAGAAGAGUUACAAGAGAGCCUCACUGGUUCCCUGGACACCAGCCAGAGCUGGAGCCUCCUCCUAUCAAGCCAACGGCUCGUUCGUGUUACAUGAUAGAUUAUGAGCCUCCAUAUGGCAGGCCAGACCAUUCCUUGGCUGAGAGGAUGCCCAAGGAUUCAGUAGGAACGCCACGGAAACAGUAGGAUUAGAGGGGGCUCUAGCCUGUCUUGGGACAACCAGGGCAGCUGGAAGACUCUGCUUACAAGAUCCAAUUGCCCUCUCCAUUUCUCUCCUCUGAGAUUAGCUGCUGGGCUGCUGGGUAGCAACUCAGAAAAUGUGUCUGUAAAUAAAUCAAUGUAAAAAUG